AUGGCGACUAUGCGUUGUCGCUUUUAUGAGAAUCACUUUCCCGAUAUAGAGGAAACGGUUGUGGUAAAUGUGCGCCAAAUAGCUGAUAUGGGUGCUUAUGUGAGCCUCUCAGAGUACAAUGGGAAAGAGGGUAUGAUCUUGCUGUCUGAAUUGUCUCGCCGACGUAUACGAUCAGUGAACAAGUUGAUCCGAGUAGGCCGCAGCGAGUGUGUGGUCGUCAUUAGGGUAGAUAAGGAUAAAGGAUACAUCGACUUGUCCAAAAGACGAGUAUAUUCCAAAGAUUUGAUUCUGUGUGAAGAGCGAUUUGCGAAAGCAAAGGCAAUUAAU